AGUGAGAGAGAGAGUAUCAGCACUGUGUCAGAUAACGAGCUGGGCUGUGUUAUUAGUCCCUCCUCCGGCUGUCGCUGGCGCUGGGCCGUGUCCCUCGCGCCUCCCCCUCAGAGGGGCCCUGAGAGCAGGCUAAAGCUAGCAGCGUCCGCCGAGUUUCCUCACUCGGCCGGGGAGCGGAUCCAGGAGGAGGAGAUGCCGCUGUGUCUGACGGCCCAGCUACAGCCACCACCGCCCGCACAGCACACCGGAGCGGACCUCUGAGCGGAGAUAUGGAUAAUAAUGAGGCGUACUUACACCUGAAUUCGUCUGGGGCCCUGAAUUCAUCUUCCUCUCAGCCACCACCAAUGAGCACCAUGAUGGGACAUCCGUCGGUCAUCAGUUCCUCACGGCCCCUCCCCUCAGGCAUGGGACCACUAGGAUCGCCUGUCAACGGACUGGCUUCACCCUACUCAGUCAUUACUUCCUCCAUGGGCUCUCCUUCCAUCUCACUACCCUCCACGCCUGGCAUGGGAUUCAGCACCCUUAACAGCCCACAGAUGAACUCUCUGAGCAGUGUGAGCAGCUCUGAGGACGUGAAGCCUCCUCCUGGUCUGCCACCUCUGGGCAACAUGAACAGCUAUCAGUGCACCAGCCCCGGCUCCAUGUCCAAACACAUCUGCGCCAUCUGCGGAGACCGCUCCUCAGGAAAACACUAUGGCGUGUACAGCUGUGAAGGCUGUAAAGGCUUCUUUAAGAGGACCAUCCGAAAAGACCUGACCUACACAUGUCGAGACAACAAGGAGUGCCUGAUCGACAAGCGGCAGCGCAACCGCUGCCAGUACUGCCGCUACCAGAAGUGCCUGGCCAUGGGCAUGAAGAGGGAAGGUGUGUGUGGGAGUAUGGCGGUUCAGGAAGAGAGGCAGCGUGGGAAGGAGAAGAGCGAUAAUGAGGUGGAGUCAACCAGCAGUUUUAACGAAGAAAUGCCGGUGGAGAAAAUCCUGGAUGCAGAGCUCGCAGUGGAACCCAAAACGGAAACACAGACAGACGGCAGCCCUGGAAACUCUACAAACGACCCGGUCACUAAUAUUUGCCAGGCAGCCGACAAGCAGCUCUUCACACUGGUGGAAUGGGCAAAGAGGAUACCGCACUUCUCAGACCUACCCCUAGAUGACCAGGUCAUUCUGCUCAGGGCAGGUUGGAACGAGCUGCUCAUCGCGUCAUUCUCGCAUCGCUCCGUCACUGUGAAGGAUGGCAUCCUGCUGGCCACCGGCCUUCACGUACACCGCAGCAGUGCCCACAGUGCUGGGGUGGGCUCUAUUUUCGACAGAGUGCUGACUGAGCUGGUGUCUAAAAUGAAGGACAUGCAGAUGGAUAAGACAGAGCUGGGCUGCCUGAGAGCCAUAGUCCUUUUUAACCCAGAUGCUAAAGGCCUGUCGAACCCAUCUGAGGUAGAGGGGCUCAGGGAGAAGGUCUAUGCAUCUCUGGAGUCAUACACAAAGCAGAAAUACCCCGACCAACCUGGCAGGUUUGCUAAGCUCUUACUGCGCCUUCCGGCUCUCCGCUCCAUUGGUCUAAAGUGUCUGGAGCACCUCUUCUUCUUCAAGCUGAUCGGAGACACGCCCAUAGACACCUUCCUCAUGGAGAUGCUGGAAGCGCCCCACCAGAUCACAUGACACAAGCCCUGCCCCACUAUCGUUUCUUUUGUACAUACACCCUUGUAAUAAUUGAUAUGAUGAACUUGAUCGAGGAUGUAAGCUGCGUAUUUUGUACCAAGCACAAAUUAUUACUGAUGUGAAAACAAAAUUUGUAUGGGGAGGGGGGUCGGAGUUGGAGUGGGAUAGCUUUCAAAGUACACUGUCAAAAUGAAUUUGAAUAGAUUUGUUUUGGAAAGAAUUUUGCUCUUUGUAAAUAGAUAAUUCAGGUGUCCACUCUAACAGCAAAACAAUGCAAUAAAGAACAUUUAUUUUAUUCAAAAAGAAUGAAGUUUAUCAAAGAAAAAAACAUAAUUUCUAAAAAAAAAAAAAGAAAAGAAAAAUGCAGUUUAGAAUCCUGCCUGAAUAAAAUAUUUAAAUUUA